AUGCAGUACUUCCUUGGCUUCGUUGCUCUCCUGGCUGCUCCCGUGAGCAGCACCUUCGUUGUGCAAUGUUACUCCCGUCUUUUCGACCAGCGUGCUGAUCCAGUUGUGAAUCCUGGAGUUGCUUCCGGCCAUGUCCACACGAUUACCGGCGGAUCAGGUUUCAACUUCUCCAUGACAUAUGACGAUGCUCGAGCCUCCCAGUGCUCGACUUGCAAUAUCAAGCAAGAUCUUUCAAAUUACUGGACCCCAAAGCUUUACUACAAGGCGCAGAAUGGCAGCUUUCACGACGUGCCUAUUAUUGGGGAUACAGAUGGCGGUCAAUUGGGUGGCAUGGCUGUUUACUACCUGACGCGUCCUGGUCCCGACAACGACAAGCUCACCGCGUUCCCAAAGGACUUCCGCAUGCUUGCCGGCGACCCAAUGAAGCGCAAUGAAACUGAUGACUUCGCGUCGCGUGCAGUCUCCUACAAGUGCGUCUCCGCUGCAAACAACAAGGCAGACAUCCGCCACCUCCCAACCGACAAAUGCGACCAGAUCCGUGCCCAGGUAACCUUCCCCGCCUGCUGGGACGGCAAAAACACCGACUCGGAAGACCACAAAUCCCACGUCUCGUACCCCGAAGAAGGGAACUACGACGGCGGACGCUGCCCCAAAACCCACCCCGUCCACCUCGUCACCCUCUUCUCAGAAGUAUACUACGACACGCGUGGCUUCAAGGACUUGUGGUACGGCGACCAGCAGCCCUUCGUCCUGGCCAACGGCGAUGCAACGGGCUACGGCUACCACGGCGACUUCGUAAACGGGUGGGACGUCGAUGCGCUCCAGAAAGGUCUGGACAGCUGCCCCGAUGGCGUGGAAGACUGCGCGCAGAAAGUCUUCGGCGACUUCAACUCACCUGACGAGACUAAAGACUGCAAGUUGCCUUCCAUGAUCGACGAGCCUGUCGUGGGCGUUCUCGACGCGCUGCCGGGUUGCAACGCAGUCUCCUACGGUCCGGAACCCGCGACCAAGGCGGCGACGUGCGACGCGCCGACGUUGGAGAGCACGCUGAGUCCGAAGUUGGCUGGAUAUGUUGAUGUCACGGCCAAGGGCUUCAAGUACAUUGGCUGUGGGAAGGACAAUGCUCUUACAAGGACGCUGGGAGAACAACUGCUUACUGGCAAUGACAUGACUGUCGAGAAGUGUAUUGACUUCUGUAAGGGUUAUGGUUUGAAGUACGCUGGGCUCGAGUACUCUGGCCAGUGCUACUGCGGCAGCACCGUUGCGGAGGAUCGGGCGCCGGAGUCUGCUCGUGGAGCGGGUAACUGCCUCAUGAAGUGCGCCGGCAACCAAGACGAAGUCUGCGGCGGCAACGACGCCAUCAGCCUGUACGAAGCCUGCUCCGGCGGCACCUGUACGAACUCUGCCAAACGUCAGAGUCGGCGCCUCGCAAGCGUGGAGGUCGCGCGUGCGGAUGCGGCGGCAAGGGGAAUGUGA